UCGGGGAACGAAGAUGACCAAACAAGCCCUAUCUCCGAUCACAACAAAGCAAAGAAGAUCAAGACAAAACAAAUAGCUGACGUUCCAAAAACAGAGGCACUGAAAAUCUCUUUUCUUUUUUUCCAUUUUUCUUUUUCUUUUUUUGUUUAUCCUUUCUCUCUUCACACAUCUCUUGUGGGUGUUGAUAGAGAUCGCCUCCGUAUCAUCUCCAAAGAGAUAACAUGGCGACUACAUUAGAUGUAUCAAGAGCCGAGCUUGCUCUCGUGGUUAUGUAUCUGAACAAAGCCGAGGCAAGGGAUAAGUUAUGCAGAGCUAUACAGUAUGGUUCCAAGUUCUUGAGCGGUGGACAACCUGGUACUGCCCAAAACGUUGACAAAUCCACUAGCUUAGCUAGGAAGGUCUUCCGUCUUUUCAAGUUUGUUAAUGACUUACAUGGUCUUAUCAGUCCUAUGCCUAAAGGGACUCCACUUCCUCUUGUUUUACUUGGAAAGUCGAAGAACGCACUUUUAUCUACAUUCUUGUUCCUGGAUCAAAUUGUCUGGCUUGGGAGAUCAGGAAUAUAUAAGAACAAAGAGCGAGCUGAGUUACUUGGACGUAUAUCCCUUUUCUGCUGGAUGGGAUCAUCUGUCUGUACAACUUUAGUUGAGAUUGGUGAGAUUGGAAGGCUCUCUUCAUCGAUGAAGAAGAUCGAAAAGGGGCUCAAGAAUGGCAACAAGUAUCAAGAUGAGGAGUAUCGUGCUAAGCUUAAAAAAUCUAACGAGAGGACUCUUGCUUUGAUCAAAUCAGCCAUGGACAUUGUUGUAGCAGCUGGUCUCCUUCAGUUAGCUCCAAAGAAGAUCACUCCUCGUGUCACUGGAGCUUUUGGAUUCACCACCUCCCUUAUCUCAUGUUACCAGCUGCUUCCGACACGCCCCAAGAUCAAAACACCAUGAAGCUUAUCGAAGAAGCUGGUGUUCAGGAGACAAGUCAUUUGAGAAAGUUUCUGUUGGUUCCUUUUAAGUAAUUUGCUGCUGUUAUAAGUCCUCGUAUAAAUACUUAUCUGCAUGAAUGAUGAUUAUAUAAUAAUUAUGUUUAUGCUUCAAAGUCUUGUUGCAAAAUUAGGAAUGUAGGAUGUGUUCAUUUUGCUUUUCAAAUACUGGCGAUAAAGGUUUAAAUGUAUGUAAUAUCUCCAGCAGAAAAUGAGUUUUUUUAUA